AGUAACGAUCUAAUAACCCAUAUAAGUGUUACACAGAAAUAAACGAAAUACGUUUCGCAGAACCAUCUUAUAUGUUUGCAAAUAAUAUUUAAAGUUUACGCCACAUUAAUAUUUCCCUAUAUUGAAUCUGUUUAUGCGCAACUUUGCUAGAUUCAUUAAAUUAAGUGAUAUGUAUUGAGUAUAAAUGUUUAAUUCUACAGUAGAUGAUACACUUAUGGACGAAGCUACAGUAAAGGUGUUAUCGUGGAUUGGAUUAUCGUCGACGGUUAUCUACCGACACUAUUUUCUGAAAAUCUCAGACGACAAGGGAACGUUAACUGAAUUCAAAGGAGAAGACAAGGACACAUUAACUGAACGGGUAACAAAAGAUAAAGGAACACUGACUGAAUUUAUACGAGAGGACAAAGGAACGACAACUAAAUUGACCUGCAAAAAUGAAGCAACAUUAACUGAAUGGAAAGGAAAUUGUUGUUGUGUUUCAACAUUUAUGAGACCAUUGUUUGAACCAGGACAACCAUCAGCUGUAAAUAUGUCUCCAAAGACAGUUGUUUUAACAUGGGAUGCACCGAAUGCAGGAACUCAAUUUGUGCACCAUUAUGAAAUACAUUGUAAAGAAAGACAGAUGAGCGAGAGUGACUGUUUUAGAUCUACUGGCAAUUCUAAUAAAUACAUCGUACAUGGCUUGAAGGAAAACACGGAGUAUGAAUUUACAGUUCAGGCCAUUAAAGUUAAGGGAACUAAAGGACCUUGUAGCAAAGCUAUUAAGAUUUCAACCACUACAAGUUCACAUAAUAGCAUGGAAGGGAUAGGAUAUUUCUGGUUUAGUUUUAUUCUUAAGAAAUUUGGGUGAAACGAUGUUUCAUGAUAUUAUGCAUGAUGAAUAUAUUUUUAAAGUUGUAUGAUUAACAUAAUAACGGAGUGGGUAGCAUAUCAACAUUAAACCUGAUAUAAUUAAUUUUGUUUUUACGAGAAAUCAUUCUGUAAAAAUGCGAAAUAAUUUUUUACACAAAUUAUAUUGACUUAAUAAGUCUUAAACAUAUUGCUUUUAUUUCUGUAAGUAACAUCUCGCUGUACAUGUAUAAUGGUGAAAUUAUAUAAUUACACGACUCUCUUGA